AUGUCGGCGGAUCCGGAGCAAGUCGGGAAGGCUUUCCUGGAGUACUACUAUGGCCUGUUUGGCAGCAACCGUGCCGCGCUGGCCAGCCUGUACCAGGACCAGUCCUUGUUCACGUUUGAGGGCGCCAAGUGCCAGGGCCCCGCGGCCAUCGUGGCCAAGCUGACGUCACUGCCCUUCAACCAGGCCAAGGUUGCCACGAUCUCCACGGACUUCCAGCCCAGCAUCUCGGGGGGCAUCAUCGUGUUCGUCACCGGGCAAGUGCAGACGGAGGGGGAGUCCAAUGCGCUCAAGUUCAGCCAGGUGUUCCACCUGAUGCCUGUCGGCUCCAGCUUUGUCGUCACCAACGAUAUGUUCCGGCUUAACUACGGCUGA